GGCGGGGGGCACCGAGUCACCAGGCACAACCGUGGGCUCCGAGUCAACUGGGAUGACCGCUGGCACUGGGUCAGACAUUGGAUCGUCUGGCUGGACAGCGGGCAUCGGGUCACCAGGCAUCAGGUCAUUUGGCUCGACAGCGGGCACCGCGUCAUCUGGCAAGGCAGUGGGCUCCGAGUCAACUGGUAUGACCGCGGGCACUGGGUCAGACAUUGGAUCGUCUGGCUGGACAGCGGGCACUGGGUCACCAGGCAUCAGGUCAUUUGGCUCGACAGCGGGCACCGCGUCAUCUGGCAAGGCAGUGGGCUCCGAGUCAACAGGCACGACAGUGAGCACCGGGUCAUCAGGUACCGGAUUGUCUGGCUCGACAGCGGGCAUCGGGUCACCAGGCAUCAGGUCAUUUGGCUCGACAGCGGGCACCGGAUCAGGUACCGGAUCAUCUGGAUCAACAGCGGGCAUCGAGUCAACUGGC